CGCAACGAGUAACAACUCCCCUGUUUCUCUCUCUCUACACGAAACACAUUCUCUCUCUAGGAAUCUCUUCACCAGCUCCAAUCACCCUUCUCGACCCUUCCACACGAAACACGUUCUCUCUCUAGUAAUCCCUUCACCAGCUCCAAUCACUCUUCUCGACCCUUCACAGACUCUUCUUUACAGAGAGAGAAACCAUAAUUGAGUAACAGACGAGUUUUGAGGGGAGAGAGAGAGAUGUCAGGGGAAGAUUUGGAGAGCAGGGGAGCUAAAAAUAGAGGAAUCAACUCAUCGUAUGUGAUCGAAGAAAGGGAGACGCAGUGGACAUCAUGGUUGAUCCCUAUGUUUGUUGUAGCCAACGUUGCAAUGUUUGUUGUUGUUAUGUACAUCAACAAUUGUCCCAAACACAAUUCGGGGGCUGAAGGCAAGUGUGUGGCGAGGUUUCUUGGGAGGUUUUCGUUUCAGCCUCUAAGGGAGAAUCCCCUUUUUGGUCCUUCUUUGUCCACAUUAAAGAAAUUGGGAGCUCUUCAGUGGAACAAAGUGGUACAUAAGCAUCAAGGAUGGAGGCUUAUCUCUUGUAUCUGGUUGCAUGCGGGUCUUGUUCAUCUGGUCACAAAUAUGUUGAGCGUCGUUUUAAUUGGCAUUCGCCUAGAACAGCAAUUUGGAUUUGUGCGGAUUGGAAUCAUCUACCUGGUGUCGGGAUUUGGUGGGAGUGUACUUUCAGCUUUGUUUUUACAAAAUAGCGUCUCUGUUGGUGCUUCUGGUGCUCUGUUUGGGCUUCUUGGAGCAAUGCUUUCAGAGCUUAUCACAAACUGGAAUAUUUAUACGAGCAAGGCUGCAGCGCUGAUAACACUUGUAGUCAUUGUUGUCAUCAACCUUGCUGUUGGGAUUCUGCCAUUUGUUGAUAAUUUUGCUCAUAUUGGUGGAUUCUUGACGGGGAUUCUCCUUGGCUUUGUGUUGCUUCCUCGUCCUCAGUUUGGGUGGAUUGAGCGUCGUAAUAUGCCAGCUGAUGUUCGAGUCAAAUACAAAUACAAGGCUUAUCAGUAUGUGUUGUGGUUGAUUUCUCUGAGUCUACUGAUUGCAGGGUUUACAGUAGGAUUGGUAAUGCUGUUUCAGGGAGAGAAUGGAAAUGAACAUUGCAGCUGGUGUCACUACCUGAACUGUGUCCCUACCUCGAAAUGGAAGUGUGAUGGAACCUAGCACUUUGAAUAGGUUGCUUGUACUCCAUCUAUCUCAUUAGGCUUCCCUCUGUUUGCAUUUGUAAAUACAUAGUUCUAGAUUAGAACGCAUCCGUUUCUUUAUCUUUUGAUUUUUUCUUGGAGCAUGGAUAGGGUGUGUAUUACAUUUUUAGUCGAUUUUGUCAGUUGAAAUAGAGAUGCAUUUAGUUUUUCAGCCAUUGUUGUAUCUUUUUCUACU